GUUUGUAAAAUGUUUAAUAGUUUUUGUAUUGAACAUACGCUUAAAUAACUCAUAUUAAUGUAAAUAGUAAGCGGCGAAUAUUGUGUUUGUAAUUUCUAUCCAAUUCUUCAUUGAUAUUAUUAGCUACAUAAAGAAUUUCAUAAAUGAAAUGGUUAUUCAAUGUCGUGCUUGCUUAAACACAAAGGACAGCGCAUUUAUACGCAUGGAUUCGCACGUAGCGGACGGCGUCGAUAUCUAUAGCUGCUUCACCUUAUGCACACAAUUAAAUGCGUCACUCGACGACGGUCUCCCCGGAGUUCUCUGCAGUAAUUGCUCGCAGGAUUUACAAAUAUGUUUUAAUUUUGUACAAACGGCGCGACAAGUUGAUGGUUUGCUGCGAAACACCUUAUGCGAAAAGUCGAUGGCUGGUGAGGUAGUAGAACCAUUGGAAACUGAACGAACCGAUACUAUGGAGCCGAUAUUGGAUGUGGUAGAUAGUGAAGUUGAUGGUUGUGUGGUAGAAGAAUUCAUAGACGACGAGCCUGUUUUGGAAGAAGUCAUUGAUGAUGAUGAUGAUGAAAGUAAUGGGAUUGAACUAAUGGAGGUGGAGAAAAGUGAACUGAAUAUUUGCGAGGGUUCUUAUGAAGACUUAGAAUUUAUUGAUGAAAAGCUCGUGGGCACCACUAUCAAGCUUGAAGAUCAGAUCCAUGAAGAGCUGGAUGUACCUUGCAAAGAAAAAGAUUACUAUGCUGAAGAUGAAAAUGAUGAUGAAUAUCGAAGAGAAUACAAAGAAAAUGAAGAUGAACCGGACAACCCAUCAAAGGGCUCAAAAUGGAAAUGUAUAGAAUGCAAACUUAUUUUGUGCGGCGAUGUCUCUUAUGAAGGUCAUAUGAACAUGCAUCGCUCAUUACGACCCUAUAAAUGCACGUUCUGUAUGUGUGCUUUUCGCUGCAAGGAUGUACUUGAACACCACAAUCAACGCCGCCAUCGGCAAGAAAAUGAAGGCGAAUGUUCGCCGUCAAAUAAAAGUUGCGAAAACGAGGGCGAAAGCACAACAAAUUUCAGUUGUGAAAAGUGUACAAAAACUUACGAAACACUAGACGAAAUUCAAGAGCACAGAUAUUUGGUACAUCCCGAAACAUAUCCUGUACAGUGCAGGUUGUGCCCACAUGAAACUCCAUUCACUCGUGUUAAGUUAAUUGAUCAUUUUCGUAAUGACCACCCAGCAGAACAUCGAAAAUACUUUCCGACUGUGGGUAGACCGAUAAAUGAACCCACAAAGCCAACGCAAUGGCAAUGUGAAAUUUGCAAUUGUUAUGUUCGUUCUGAGGUAGCUUUGCGCGAUCAUCGACACACUCAUCAAAAUGAACGGCCACAUGAAUGCCAAUUUUGUUCUAAGCGUUUUGUUACAACCAGCAAUUUGCGUCAACAUAUGCGUGGUGUACAUACAGAGGAAUAUGAGAAGUUAAUUAGUGAGGGUGGAGAUACUAUCGUGCAAUGUGAUUUAUGUAAGAAGCAACUACUUCGACGAAAUCUUGAAAAACAUUUGGCGUUACAUGUUAAAAAGGACCAAGAUGCGAAGGAGACACAAACGAAAUUUCUCUGCGCUUAUUGCUCUCGUCAAUUUUCAAAUUCAAAAUCCCUUAGUAUACAUGAACACAACGUUCACCUCAUCAAAUUAGAAGACCCAAAACAUGAAUGUGACAUUUGUGAGCGUAAAUAUUUCCAGCAACGUGAUCUUGCUGCACAUAUGCAACGCGUACACCUCGCGGAACGUAAGCACAUUUGCAACGUAUGCGGCAAUGCAUACAAGAGUGCAUGGCAAUUAACCGCACAUAAGCUAUUGCAUGCAGAAGAAAAAUCCUUCCAGUGUGUACACUGCGAACGUAGAUACAUACGACAAGCGGAUUUGAGUGUGCACAUGCGUACGCAUACCGGCGAGCUGCCCUUUGCUUGCCAUUUGUGUGAUAAGCGUUUCGCCAUCAAGGUGCGGCUAACCUAUCACUUGCAACGACAUCAAGGCAUUAAACAUCCAUGCACAUAUUGUGAUAAUGUUUAUGACAAUCGCAAUCAACUGAAAGAACAUCUAUACAAGCAUACUGGUAUGCCAUACCGUUGCGAAUUGUGUCCCGAUGUUGGAUUUACGCGACGUUUGCGGUUUUCCGGUCAUAUGCAGCGUGUACACAAUAAAAACUUGUCAGACGAAGAGUUGGCGGCCGUUUUCACAAAGUACACAGGGAAGGCUAUUCAUUUCAACUCGAGCUUUAAAUCUCAAGAUAGCGGGGACUCACAAGAAUUACCUGAUUUUAUUAUAGAUGAAAGUAAAGUACAAUGAAGUCUGAUAAUUCUGGACACAGAGAAUUUAUCGGAACUGAAAAUCAAUAUCUGUUUGAAAUGGUGUUUGGAAAACGACUUGAUUUUGCUUUUUUCUUAACUAAGCAAAACCGAUUUUUCGAAUCAGCUGGAAACAUACUUGUGUGCAAAAACUAUCAAUCCCUGUACCCCAACUUGCAACAACACUGUGGUUUACUGGCUGUAAACUCCAUUGUUCAUGACUUUCAUUUUUAUCAAUUGGAAAGAAAUUAUCACACAAUUCUGUCAACGACUGACUGCUCGGUUUAAUUCUGAAAUGCAAACCGAUAAAUGGGUUUCUGCAACACCUAAAAGCGACA